CACAAACUUAUAAUAUUUUAUAUAUCUAAAGUUAGAGAAAAAAAUUGCUGGAGCCACAAGAGGAUCAAGAACAACUUUUCUCUGAAAAAUGAUGUGCAGGUUGACUUGUUUCUUUAUAUUUAUACUACAGGCUUCACAAGUAUCAUGUAUGGCUUGUCCACCUAAUUACGUGUUAAGGGAGGGAGAAGAUGUUACAACAUGUUGUAAACCAACAAACUGUCGUCCAGGAGAAGGCUUCUACCUCUGUAAUGGCUCCAUUGCUGCUCCAGGAGAAGACAGGUGUUACAAAUGCCCUGUUGGAACUUACAACAAGGAUCCAGUUAACACUGCUGAGGUUCCUGAUGGAUUUAGUGAUAAUGUCUGUGCUUUCAUAGACUGUAAAUGUCCUCAUGAUGGAACAAUUAUUUGGAACCUUGACUCCUGUUUGAAAGGCAGUGACAAAGUCUGUGUUUGUGAUAGGGAGAAAUUGUUUUUUGGAUUUGACCCCAAUACCUGCCAGAAGAUUGAUGAUGUGAACACGAAAUCCAGAAUAUCCAGACCUGGGUUUGAACUGGACAACAAUGGUAAAAUAAAGAGAUGUCAAAGGGGAUUUUUUAAGUCUAAAGCAGACUUGAGCAUCUGUGAACCACACACACAGUGCCCCGUUGAAGCUGGACUCCAAGUGAAGGUUGAGGGAACAGCCACAUCUGAUGCUGUGUGUGAGAACGCGACCGAUGUACCAACAUCAGGGGAGAGCACUUCUCCCCUGCCUGUUGACAAAGAUAAGAAUGUCACUCAUCCUAUCGAACCAGUAGUUGUAUAUACAUUAGAGUUCCCAGUGGGAGCACAAGGAACACUUCUAUAUGUGUGCAUUCCCAUUGCUUUCUUGCUUAUUGUGUGUAUCAUUUGUUUGCUUGUGCGCAGAUACUCUUUGGCAGAAAAAUUGCGUCGCAUAAUUGGAAAGGUGACCCAACAACGGGAGGCGAUUAAUGACUUGUCCAGUUUGGAAGAUGAUGAUCCCAACAUUCCUUUAAGAGGUAACCCUAUUCCUGAUAGAGAACCAGACAUAUUUUCGGAAGUAGAUGAAAGCGAAGCUAAUCAAAGAAGUCAAAGUAUUACUGAUUUUGUGGAUCUCAGUAGUCUACCAUCUACCAUCAACAUGCAAUCUGACCAGGACAGUAGAACAUCAGGUAGUGAGGAUAUUGAUUUUUCUGAACAAAAUGAACAAACAUCACUAAAAGCUAUUCAAAAUUCCAGUUUCGAGAACUCCAGCAGUAACAUUGGUCAUAACAGACCAGUGGCAUCUGUUUUACCCAGUGUACGACAGAGUUUCCAGGAAGAAAGAGAGACAGAACAAGUUAUAGCGAGUCCUGUACAGGAGGAUGAAGUGCGGAUAGCUUUCGGACUGAACACAAUCCCAGUACUUUCAAACAGGGCACAACCAGAUAGCAGGAUAGCAGAUGAUGAAGAAAGCCCCACAAGGUCAAAUGUAACGGAAAGAUAUCUCUAUGAACACUAAAACUGCCUGUGUGGAUCAGGGGGAAAAAGAUGGAACAAUCUUUGAUUAAUUCCAUAAUCAAAGGAGAAAAUACCGAUGUACAUGCCAGCUGCUCUGAUAUAAGGUCUAAGUUUGGGCCUUUACACAAACUGGCCAUGGAUCAUAAGGGGUAAUGGAGAAAUAUUCAGGGGAAAAAAUCGGGGAAGGAAGAAGAUUGAUAAUUCAGCAUCUAAUGACAUCUCAAAUAUCUUCUAAAAUUUAAUAAGGUCUCCAACAAAUUGUUAAAAAAAUCAAAGAAUUUAUUGUGAUUGUAAAAUAACACUUACCAUAACUUGAUUCUGUACAAUAUCAGUUAAUUCGUACUUAAGAAGCAUUGCAGUGCUCAACCUGAAGGUAAAUUCUUAUACCUUUGAUUUCUUUGUCCAUCAUCAUCAAAGGUCUUAAAAUUAAUAAUGAUGCUGAUUUUUUUCCAUCAUCAUUAUCAAAGGUUUGUGUCUUAAGAUCAAUUAUGAUGCUGAUAUAAAAA